CCCCUUCACAGGCUUCCUUUUUAUUUUUUUAUUUUUAUUCUGUUCUACUCUGAGGAUCCCAGUGCUGGUUACAAAUUCGUUUCCCAGCGAUAGAAGUUUUAUAAAUCGAAUGGAAACAUGAUUUGGAUUAAUCUAAGUCAGAUAACAUUUAUGGAGCCCCCUAUGUUCUUCUUUGGCACGUUGUUCCUCUUUCUGUCACUGCACCUUGUCCGUAGAAAAAAGAUUUUUCAAGGCGCAUGUUUGUUGAUAACCCCUUCGGUGGUAGGGCCGUCCGCCCGCCCGUCCGCCCGCAUUUCCCCUGGCUUGUGGGUCUGUCCCAACACAGCCCGGGUAUUGGAUGCUCCGUUACUAACCUGGACCACGUGCUUGGCUUCAGAUGGGCACCCAGCUUCCUACCGAUCCAUCUCCGUUCAUCAUGUGCCGUGGGGAGCAGAUUUGAAUAUCAAGUCUUCAGGGUCUGGCUGUAUAAAAGUCCAAAAUAUUGAGUGUGAUAAUUGCAAAAUUGAAACUGAGCAGGGGACUAGCAUCUUACAGUCUGUUAAGAGUCAAAAAUUAUGUGUUCAAACGAAAGGAGGCAAAGUGAUCUGUCUGGGAACAAUUUAUGGAAAUAUAGAUAUUCAUGCAUCAGAUAAAAGUACUGUGACCAUAGAUAAACUGCAGGGAAGUUCUGUUAAUAUAUCUACUGAAGAUGGUUUGCUGAAAGCCAAGUAUCUUUACACAGAAUCAUCAUUUCUAUCUUCUGCUGCUGGGGAUAUUACAUUAGGAAGUGUUCAUGGUAAUAUAACAUUACAAAGCAAGAUGGGUAACAUCACAGUAGGCUCUGUUCUUGUCAAGGUCCCAUCUUCUCUUCAAGUUCAUUUACAGUUAUCAGGAAAAGAGGUCAAUGUGAGCUCUGAAGUCCAAGUUCAAGAGAUGGCCGAAACUCAUAAAGAUGAUGGUGUAAUAAUUACUGGGCUCAUGAAUCAAGGAAGCAAACUUGAAAAAUGGAUUAAGGCUGAUGCCCCAAAAGGCACUAAACUUAAUAACUGGGCUGGAGGAGGCACAGAGGAGAAAGAUUACCACAUGCCUGGAAGUGUGAACCUUAGAAGGGGUAAAACUGGAUAAAAGCCACCACAUACACACACACACACACAC